AUGGCUGACCACCCAAUCACUACCACGGCCUUUACGCUGAACCAAGGCGACAAGUUUCCUGCGGUAGGGCUGGGCACCUGGCAGGGGAGCCAAGGUUCGGACGACAGCAAGGCGCUGGAAGAGUCCAUCGUCCAUUCCCUCAAAUCCGGGUACCGCCUGCUCGACACCGCCCAGCGCUACGGUGUCGAGGACGUUGUUGGGCGCGCGAUUCGAGCCAGCGGAGUUCCGCGCGAGGAGAUCACUGUUGUCACCAAGUUCUGGGGUGAUUGGCAUCAUGACCCGGCCGAGGCGCUUCGCAUCUCGCUGGCAGACCUGGGCCUCGACUACGUUGACGUCUUCCUCAUGCACUGGCCGUGGGCGACGACUCCAGAGCCGGAGAAGAAGCCCCUGGGCAAAUACGAGAGCCCGACUUUCAUCGAGACAUGGCUAGCGAUGGAGAAGCUCGUUGGGCCCAAGUGCAGGGCCAUUGGUGUCAGCAACUUCACUGAGAAGCUCCUUGAGGAAUUGCGUGAGCAUGAGACGAUCGUGCCGGCGAUCAACCAGGUCGAGCUGCAUGCUUUCAAUCCUAAUCUGAAGUUGGUGCCCUACUGCCAAUCAAGGGGGAUCCAUGUCAUGAGCUGGAGCACACUUGGUGGUCAAAAGGACGGAGAGAACCUCAUCCUCAGCCAUCAACUGUUCAGCGACAUUGCCAAGGCGCACGGAUGCUCGACUGGCGUCGUGUCCCUUUCAUGGGCUGUGCAGCGAGGCAUCACUGUUAUUCCUAAGAGCAAGUCCAAGGCCCGCAUCGAGGAGAAUAUCAAGCUCGUAACCUUGAGCGCCGAGGAGGUGGACAAGAUCAACGGAGCACAGGAUACGAUCAAGAGGCAAAGGCUCUCAAAUGACAUCUCAUCGAUGCAUUUCGAGGUCGAUGAUCGCCGCCAGACGCCUGGCGGUGAUUCAAUUGCCGCAUUGUCGACAGCAUCCUCGGGACGUCUUCAAACCGCAGAGUUGUCUCACACACGUCACCCAUCUUCUUACGACCGUCACGAGACCCACGAGCCCACGACUUCGCUCGACCACCAGCAACGCCAGCAGCCGACGCCGCUGCAACAGCAACGGGUGACAACUCCAGACCCUGAGGGAGUCUCAUCACCUGGUUCCUCCCACCGACUUCGUCGAACCCCGAAAUUCGAGGCAACCCCAAGUCCAAGAACUCGCCAGGCCCACAUCGCAACUACUCUCGCCGCUCUUAGCUCUCAGCAUUCGCGCCAGCGGGGUAAUCCAGCGCCGUCGAACCCGGAAAAGAAGGAGCCUGACUUGCGACCAGCCGCCAGAGAGCGACCAACAAGGCACAGGACACGGCGAGUCCUCUCGCAAGAACUUGGCGAGGAUCCCGACGAGCAAUCCUCGGAGUUAUCCCCAUCACAGGGUCCUCAAACUUCACAAGAUCCAUAUCCUGUGCACCCUGUGGUUCGAAUUACCAAGCAUACCCACAGUGCAAUCCUUUUCACCCUUGAAGAAGCUCUUCGACAACCAAACCAAUUUACGCCCGACCUCGAGGAGGAGUCUGCCAGCAUGGCUGACCUCAUGAGCAGUGGCGGAGCUCCCAUCGCUUCCAAUGGGGGUAGCCUACCAGCACCACAACGCCCUACAGCCUCUCCAAACCCCAGAGGUUCACCUGGAAUCAGAGGCCCUAGAAUGAUCAUGCAGGAGCGCGCCGCCAGAGAGGCAGCGCGUGUGCAGAGAGCAGAGGCUGAGAAGCAAUUGGAACAGGAGACGCGACAGAGAGAAGAAGCACAGCGAAGUGCAGACCAUCGGUCUGCUGGCGUUGCUCAUGGCCCCAGUGGCAAACUACCCGCCCAACACCCUUCCACUACACAUCGCGGACAUGCUGUCCCCGAGUCAUCGCCACCCUCCGGGGCAGAGCCAACCACCCCACAGCAAAUAGCCUCUCACCAACGCACCAAUACCUCACGAUAUGCUGCAAACCAGCAACUUCCUUCGCAAUAUCAGUCCCACCACCAACACGCCCAGCAGCAACAACAACAGCGGCCGACGACAGCAGGCCAAGCCGGUGAAAGUUCAACACAAACUGGAGGAACAUCCGGCAGCUCAAAACCUCGAAACUCUUUCCCACACGCCUUCGAGCGAUGGGAGACAUUGUCAGCGCACUGGGAGGGCUUGACAAGCUAUUGGAUUCACAAGCUGGAGCAAAAUAAGGACGCCGUGAACCGCGAUCCUAUCAACCAGCAAUUAAGUCGCCAAGUAACAGAUCUUUCUGCCGCAGGAGCCAAUCUUUUCCACGCCGUCGUGGAGUUGCAACGACUGCGCGCAAGCUCGGAGCGCAAGUUCCAAAGGUGGUUUUUUGAAACCAGAGCAGAACUGGAACGAGCACAGGAAGUGAACUCCAUGCUGGAAAAUGCUCUGGAUCAAGAACGACGUAACCGGGACGAGGCGAUUCGUGAAGCUGUUGAAAAGGAGCAAGGGAGCUCAUUAGCGCAGAAGCAGCUUGCAGAGAUGCGCAAAGAGCUUGCCAUCUCCAAAGAUGAAGCUAGACGGGCCUGGGAGGAGCUCGGCCGUCGAGAGCAGGGUGAGAGAGAGAGACUGUUAUCACUACAAACUGGACAACCAACCAUUGUGGGAGGAGUUCAAGUUGUUCCAAUGACGCAUGGCCUGCGAGAUCAAGCAGCUCAGCAGGCAGAAUACAGCCAGUCAUAUCAUGGAAGCCAGAGUAAUGUCGCCCAAUCAUCCGCGGCAUCAGCUGGCCCCAGCGGAGCCCAAUAUGGUCAGCCGGACGCUGGCUCGCAGUCUGCGCGGAGUCAUUACCGUGCAACCUCGGAAGGCGGGACAAGCGAGAAUGAGUUCGUCAAGGAUGUGAAAGGAGUGCCUUUAUUGGAUGUUCAUGGAAACAAGAUCCCCGUCGCCGCUCCCCCCUCGACAUACUCAGGAUCUGAGGUGGAAGUGGAAGAGUAUGAUACUCCAGCUACAACCAACCCACCAAGUGGGAGCUAUGACCCACCCUCUACAUCAGGCCCUACACCCCAAUGGACAGGAGCUUACUCAAAUCCCCAAGACUACGCGGGAGAGGAAUACGGUGCCCCAGGCUGGGAGACAGUGCCCCGCCAUCACCAUCCAACACGACUCAGCGACGUGAUCGAGGAGGAAGAGGAGCGGAGUAGGACGACCGCAAGCCAAGUCAGCCGAGGAGUCUAA